UCAAUGCCUGGUUUGAACCUUUACUCAAUGCCGGGUUUGAACCAAGCUCACGGGAUUGUUGUCAGUGGGUAUCUUUCACAAUAUGUACUACACGUUGCUCCAGAAAGUUAGAGAGAGGGUUAUUGUAGAAUAACAUAACAUAAAGUCAUAAACAUAAUACAAAGUGUGAGAGAGAAUUGGUACUUGGUAGUGUUAUUGGAGUGAGUGGGGUGGGAAGGGAAUUCGGCGCUCUUUCUCUUUUUUGAAUUUAAGAUCAGAUAAGAAGCUGUUUUGGGUGUUGGGGGCUUUUCCCUAUGAUUAUUAUUGUCACUUUUUUCAUGGGAUUUCACCUUUGUGCUUUGUCUGUAAUUCUUGUCUCUUUACUCAACCGGAUCGUGACCCAAGAGUUGUGAAGUUAUGGGGAAAGCUAGCAGGUGGUUGAAAGGGUUGUUGGGGAUGAAGAAGGAGAAGGACCACAGUGACAAUUCAGGCUCAUUGGCUCCUGACAAGAAGGAGAAGAAAAGGUGGAGUUUUGCUAAGCCAGGGAAAGAUGUGGAUGUCCCUGCCACAGAUAACACCUGGCUCAGAUCCUAUAUUGCUGAGACAGAGAAUGAACAGAACAAGCAUGCAAUUGCCGUGGCAGCGGCCACCGCAGCUGCCGCGGAUGCCGCCGUGGCCGCCGCGCAGGCGGCCGUGGCGGUUGUCAGGCUCACAAGCCAGGGUAGAGGUGCAUUGUUCAGUGGAAGCAGGGAGAAGUGGGCAGCUGUGAAGAUCCAAACUUUCUUUAGAGGCUAUUUGGCGCGGAAGGCUCUUAGAGCACUGAAGGGAUUGGUUAAGAUACAAGCUCUUGUUAGAGGGUAUUUGGUUAGAAAGAGGGCUGCUGCAACUCUUCACAGUAUGCAAGCUCUAAUACGAGCUCAAACUGCUGUUAGAACACAACGAGCUCGUCGUUCCAUGAGCAAAGAAAACAGAUUUCUACCUGAAGUUCUUGCAAGAAAAUCUGUGGAACGGUUUGAUGAAACAAGGAGUGAAUUCCACAGUAAAAGGCUAGCUUCAUCCUAUGAAACAUCCUUGAAUGGUUUUGAUGGAAGCCCCAAGAUUGUUGAAAUUGACACAUACAAGACCCGAUCAAGGUCUAGGCGUUUUACCUCAACAAUGUCUGAGUGUGGAGAAGACAUGUCAUGUCACGCAAUCUCAUCCCCUCUUCCUUGUCCAGUCCCUGGUAGAAUCUCAGUUCCUGAUUGCAGACAUCUUCAAGAAUUUGAUUGGUAUUUCAACGUUGACGAGUGCAGAUUCAACACUGCUCAUAGCACUCCACGUUUCACAAACUGUGCAAGGCCUAAUGCUCCAGCCACACCAGCCAAGAGUGUUUGUGGUGACACCUUCUUCAGACCUUGCACCAAUUUCCCCAACUACAUGGCCAACACUCAGUCAUUCAAGGCAAAACUAAGGUCUCACAGUGCUCCAAAGCAAAGACCUGAACCCAAGAAAAGGCUCUCACUCAAUGAAAUGAUGGCUGCAAGAAACAGCAUAAGUGGUGUUAGAAUGCAAAGGCCAUCAUCCAAUUUCUUCCAGACUCAAGAAUCCUGGAAUUUUUGACAAACACAAAUUUGUGAGGCAAUUAGAGUCUAAAUGGUGUUAGUAAUAUUUAGAAUUUGUUUUUCUUCUUGUGCUUAUUACAACUUAUAAACUAAGGGAUGAAAUUCUCAAUUCUGCUUGUGUACAUUCUUUUUAAUUAAACAGUUCUUUUUUCCAAUCAUGCCCUUUCUCUUGUACCAAAUGAUUUACAUCUAGUAAAGAAUUUGGCUUGGUUAUUUUCAAGAACAUAUGGCUUUGUAUACUAAUUGCUGGCUUUGGAA